UGCCAUUUUUCUGGUUGUCGUAAAGUUUAUACUAAAAGCUCACAUUUAAAAGCGCACCAGCGUACGCACACGGGAGAAAAGCCUUACAAAUGUCCAUGGGAAGAAUGUCCCUGGAGAUUUGCCAGAUCUGAUGAAUUAACACGCCAUUACCGCAAGCAUACUGGAGCCAAGCCAUUUAAAUGCUCCCAUUGUGAUCGUUGCUUUUCAAGAUCGGACCAUUUAGCUCUUCAUAUGAAACGCCAUUUA